GUUCAAGCGACCCGUUGAAGAUAUGUUGAACUCGGAAUUGCUGUCGGCUGGCGCGUCGGUGUUCGCGUCGUAUCCGCUCCGCGGACAGUGUGUCGCGCCCUCAAUCAUGUGUCUCCGCAAGUCGGAGUCGGAGUACGGCGACUAUGACCCGUCCUGCCUGAUGUCCCCUCCCCUGCCUGCCUCCCCUGCCCCGGUCAUACCAUCUGCCGAGCGUCACUGCCUGUCGCCUUAUCAGUACCUCAAGGGACCCGCGCCUUUCGAGCUGGGCAAGACCUACGAGCCCCUGGACGAGGAGUAUGUGAUUCAGCUGCAGCAGCUGGAGGCGGCGCGACAGGCUCGGACAGCGGCAGCCCGCCCCAGCGGCAUUUGCAGUGGUACGACGGCUACGGGCGGGAAGGAGGAGGAGAAGGAAGAGGACCUGAUGCCGCUCCUGACGCCAAGCUCAGAGGGUAGCGUGUCGCCCCGUGAGGUUCAGGGAGGGAAGGGACAGGGGACAUGCAAGGAGGGCGUGGAGAAGAUGACGGUGGGAUCGUGCGGGAAGGAGGCCAAGUCAGGUGGGUCAGGAAUCAAUCUCACGGGGGAAAGCUAAGGCCGUCUCCAUCAUUUGCAGUGUGCCUGUGCCGUGUCUCCCCUUCAGUUGAGAGCCGUGUGCGCUCGUAUGACCGUUGUGAGUCCACCACCAAGUCGCUCGAGUGUUCCCCAUUCCACACACCUGUCGCCAGCAUGAAAGUCAACUCCUGCCCUGCCACCAUGGGGACCAAGGGCGCCACAGGUGAACAAUCUUGCCCAUGAAGACUAAGGCAACCCUUCCCCCGAUCCUCUGCACUGACUGCAUGUGUCUCUCCGUCCCUCAGCUUACCAGCCCACUGACACGUCCAAGCAAGGGGCCAAGAGCAAAACACACAAACAGUCUGAGUACGAAAUCAGCGAGGAGUUCUACGUGCUGCCGCCAUCGGUCAAGAGCAAGACGCUCCCCAAUGAGGUGUCAUGGGCCGUCUCCACCAGCCCCGACAAGCGCAAGCAGGCCCAGAAGCAGGCGCAGACCUACAACCGAGAUGAGCUUGAGGCCAUCAGGUUCCCGGCCGUGGGCAGUGGUGAGGGAUAUCGCCGUGUGGGAUAUGGCGUCACGAGCGGCACCAAGCCCCAGGUGCCAGCCGCUGGCAAGAAGGGUCCGAUGUCGUCGUAUGGAUCGGGUGACAAGAAGAAGACAAGCAACGUGCAGAAGGCCAAGACUCCUGCCAAAGAGGUGAGCCCACAUUUCCAUGCUCGCCGACCGGCCUGACACGGCGCCACCUCUCUGAUUCACCUUCCCUGCUUUAUCGUCCUCAGGUCGGCGGCAAGAGGCCCAAUGGCCAACAUGUGCACACGAAAGCUAAACCCCUCAAUGCCAAGCCCAUCAUGCGCAGAGGUAGACACACACACAUGCCCACAGACACACGUGCAGGAAUGCUGGACAUGCCUCGUUCCCGUGUCUGUGUGCUGUGUAUUGGGCACCUGCAGUUGGUGUGGUCAAUGGCGUGGCGCCGGGCCGUCUGCCGGUCAGACACGACCCCGUGAACAUGGGAGCCAACUACCGGGAGGCCUGGAAGAAUAUGAGGUAGGAGAAGAAGCAAGCACGCAGCCGCGCCAAUCCCUGCCCUAUUUGUGUUGUGUGUGUGUGUGUGUGUGCAGAAUCCCCGGGCAGAAGAAAUGAUACGUGAGCUCUGUCCGCAUCAAUCAAGCUCCGUGAAGAAAUGAGUGUGUGUGUCUAUGUGGGUGGCUGCCGUGCCAUGUGUGGGUGCAUUUGCGAGACGAUAGAUAGAGG